AUGUCAGAUCCAAUUCUGAAUGACGAUGUUGCAACACCAUCAGCGGAACAAGAACCCCACAACCCAUUCAUCUUCCCAACAGGAAACAUCUGCCUGCUAGUCAAACACGAUGGAAGAGUCGUCGAAGGCAAGGUCUCUUCUGAUUCUCUAUGCCAGGCAAGCCCUGUUUGGAAGAAAUUUCUGUUCCCACCCUGGAAGGACCACGACCUACCUCACAGCAUCAAGCAGAUUGAUUGCACAGAAGAUGAUAGCAACGCUCUAUUGAUACUGCUCAAUAUCUGUCAUCUUAAAUUUAAGGAUGUACCUCAAUCCUUGAAUUAUAGGAACCUCCUCCAAGUCACUAUUCUGUGCGAUCAGUACGAUUGUGUCGACGUUGUAAGGCCAUGGCUUUUACCUUCAAUGUGGCUAGCCUAUGAAGAGGCUGAAAGCCUUAAACUUGGCCAGGAGAGAUGGCUGUUCAUUGCAUGGGUCUUUGGAAGAACCCAAGUGUUCGAGAAGCUUGCUGCUCAUAUGGUGAUGAACAUGAACAUGCACACCAGUGGUGAGGUUACAUGGUUGAAGAUGACUCCCAUGCCACCUGGCAUCAUUGAGAGUAUUCUCUCCUGUCGCAAGAAUCUCAUAGACUCCCUGCUACGCAUACCCUAUUCCAUGCUUGAUCGAUAUGAGAUAGUCCAUAUGCCAUAUGCCAUCGGAAUAACUCCGACAUACACCCAACGUUCCAAGACCUCAGUCUGUACCAUGCAUGGCUCUUCUCAACCAGAAGCCUGCGACGCAUUGAUAUACGGAUCACUGGUCUUCCGUCUCGGCGCUUUGAGACUAUUUCCUCGUCGGAAAGUUGAAGAUCUCCUCCUCAGUGUCACAGGACUCUCGUUGGCUUUGAAAGCAACCAAACUUAGAGAAUAUCCAAAGGAACAUCCGACCUUCGGACAACCCGUCACGCAUGAGAAAUGUCGCGGUAAAGAAUUUUCCGAACAGGUCGAUGAAGUACUUGCCAAGCCUUUUGACCCUGUACUGGAAAUGCAUCGGAUGCAUUUGAAAGCUCUGAAUAGUUGA